AUGCAAACUCGAUCUGUGGAUCCUUAUUUCACUCCCACAAGCCCAAGCACAGGACAAUGCGCAGAUUUCUGCUAUCCUCUCAUCCCCAGUGAGACCAAAGUCGUCAUUUUAGGAAUUAACUCUUUCAUUAAUCGUCAUUUGGCGUUCCAAUUGUUGUGUAAGGGUUACCAGGUGGUAGGAACCGUUUCAGUGGUUGUGAAAAAAUCAGUGGGAGAUUCCAUGAAAGAACAAGAAAAAGAUCCAUCCAUAUUGAGAAAAACACAAGCCAUCUCUUCUCUCAUGCCUUAUUUAUCGUAUUGGAAAGAAUUAUUCCCAGAACCACAAUUGAAAAUUGUUGAAUUGAAUGCACCUCUUCAUGUGGUCGAUCCAUCCAUCUUGAGACAAGUUUGUGAAGGAGCUUUUUGUGUCUAUCACUCGACCACCAUUCCAAGUGUCACACCAACGAUUCAACAAGAACCUCAAACGGAAGAACAAGCAGAAGAAAUGUUUUAUAAACCUGCAGUGGAAGGAACAAAGAAAGUGUUGGAAGUGUGUGAAGGGUGUGGAGUGAAUCGAGUGAUUAUUACGAGUGGAGUGGCAACAGUGUUUAAUCCGUAUAAUCCUCCAAGAAGUGGAAUUGUUUCUGAAUGUGAUUGGAAUCAAUCCAGUAAAUUAUCAGAACCAUUGGGGGCUUUUCGAAUUUCAAAAGUGAAGGCAGAACGUUUCGCAUGGGAAUUUUGUCGAUAUUUGACUUCGGAUCAUAAAAUUCAACUCGUGACCAUUCUACCGACAUUUGUCAUUGGUCCACUUCUUCCUAUUCAUGCAUUCAAAGAUGAAAAAGAGAGGGAUGUGACUUGUUCACCUUCCUCCACGAUGGGUGGAAUUCCAAUUUUAAGUGUCUUGAAACAAGCAGCCUUAGAACACGAUGAAGAAUUUCUAAAUAAGGAAAAAGAGGCCAUGUUUGAGAAUAUUCUCUCGAACAUGUUAACAGAAUUAACUCAAACACACGAGUCAGUGGAAAGAGUAAGAAGGGCUUUCCUCUCAGGAUCCAUUCAAGAAAUCUAUCGAUUGUUAAUCUUGCAUGAAGAGACACCUUCCAUUUUCAAUUCCUUAAAUGUUGGAUUUGUGGAUGUGAGAGAUGUUGCUCGUUGUCAUCUUCUCGCUCUCGAAACGAAACAAGCAAAAGGAAAUCGAUUCAUUUGUUGCAAUGCAACACUUCCUUUCAUUGACACACUUCAGAAAAUAGCCACAGAAAUGAUUGAAACCUUUCACUUGCGACAUGUGAAUUCGAAUUUGAAUGUGGAAUUUGAACCCUCUGUGGAAAACAUUACACCCAUGAAAAAGAUUGAUGGAUCUAAGGCUGAGAAGAUUCUUGGAUUGAAAUACACACCACUGGAUCAGACCAUUCGAGAGAUGAUUCAGUCGUUCAUUGAUUGGAAAUUGGUGACAGUGUCGAGAAGAGGUUCAGAAUGUGUGGUUGAAAAAGAAGCUUUUUCCUCCUCCACUGAAGAACAAAAGAUGGAACCAAUGGGACCAAGUAUUAGUAGUAGUAGUAGUAGUAGUGCUGCUAGUGUUGGUGGUUUGGAAACUCUCGAGUUGAAUAAGCAGAAACAGUUGGCCACUACCACUACUGCAACACCUCCUCCUUCUCCACAAACCAAUGUGGUGGCAACCACAACCUCAGAGAUUUCAAGUGCUUCUCCUCUUCCAACAGAACAAGAUCAGAAUGAUCAUAUCAUUGCAGCUCAGGAAGAGAAAGCUCCUCAAGAAGGAAUCUCUCAAGAGUCAACUCCUUCCAAAUCCUCGUUGGAGGAACAAAAAGAAAAAUUUACAGUGAUUGCAGAAACUCUUUAUCCUUGA